AUGUUGGACAUGGAUGAGUACAGUGCCAGUGAAGGUUCUGUGGCUUUCAGUAAUUCUUCCCUGGCAUAUACUAUCAGUGAGAAUGAGCUUGUUUCAGACUGGCUGGACGGAAAAACCCCACAAAGCAUUUCACGGUCUCUGGACACUACGCAGUCAGAGGGGUCCUCUUUGUACACGUUGACUCAGAGGUUAUCCUACAGUGGAGAUGAGAACAAGGAACGAGGCAACUGGAGUGGCAAGCUGGACUUUGUGCUCUCCAUGCUUGGAUAUGCUGUUGGACCUGUCAAUAUCUGGAGAUUCCCAUAUCUUUGUUACAGGAAUGGAGGUGGUGCAUUCUUGCUUCCCUAUUUCCUAAUGUUGGCUGUGGUGGGAAUUCCCAUCUUCUAUCUGGAAGUUAGUCUUGGUCAGUUCUGUAGCCGGGGUCCUGCAAAAUGUUGGGACUUUGCUCCCAUAUUCAAAGGAGUGGGCGUGGCCAUGAUUGUAGCUUCAGUUUUGAUCAGCAUCUACUACAACAUGAUCAUUGCCUGGGCACAGUUCUAUCUGUUUGCUUCAUUCACCAGCAGCCUGCCCUGGGACUCCUGUGACAACCCAGGCUGGAACACAGAAGACUGCAGUCUCAAAUGGCCUAUUGUUGCCUGUGUGGAUGGGACUCAGAUGAGUAAUGGAACUUGUUAUAAUUCAGACAAUCAUUUUGUGGGUGUGUGGAACACCACCAUGUUUUAUAAAGUGACGGGUAAAAGACGGGUAUCCCCAUCGGAGGAAUAUUGGAUAAAUAAUGUGCUGGCACUGAGUCCAGGAAUUUUCAAGAUUGGAACUCCCAGGUGGCAUUUGGUGCUUAGUCUCCUUCUGGCAUGGAUUCUUACAUUUUUGUGUCUUCUAAAAGGGGUCAAAACUUUGGGAAAGGUGGUCUAUUUCACAGCCUUAUUUCCCUAUGUGGUGCUUGCAAUAUUGUUUUUUCGUGGAGUGACGUUAGAAUCUGCAGGAAAUGGAAUCUUCUUCUAUAUUGUUCCAGACUUCAGACAUUUAGGAGAUGCUAAGCUGUGGCGAGACGCAGCAAACCAGAUAUUCUACUCUCUGGGACCAGCAUAUGGAGGUCUUAUCACUCUUUCCAGUUAUAGUCGCUUUCAUCACAAUGCUUUAAGAGACACUUUGAUAGUUGGGAUUGGUAACUGUCUGACUAGUCUGUUUGCUGGAUUUGUUAUCUUCUCUUACCUGGGUCAUAUGGCAGCUUCCCUUCAUGAAGACAUUCGCAAUGUUGUCACUAGUGGUCCAGGUUUGGCAUUUAUAGUGUAUCCAGAAGCUGUGACGCAACUUCCUGCACCACCGUUUUGGUCAUUUCUAUUUUUCUUCAUGUUGAUUUUAGUAGGAUUAGAUAGCCAGUUCACAUUGGUUGAGACAGUAUUAACAGGUAUUUUGGACCAGUGGCCAUCUUACAGAUCCAGAAAACUAUGGGUGACCUUAUGUUUGUGUGCUGCCAUGUUCUUGCUGGGUCUUCCACUUACAACAAAUGGCGGAGCAUAUAUUCUAAAUCUGAUGGAUGCAUACGCAGCUACAUGGACACUGCUGGUUAUUGGUCUUACAGAAACACUUGCAUUGUCCUAUGUUUAUGGGUGUAACAGAUUUCUUCAGGACAUGACCUUGAUGUAUGGGUCAAGGCCUGGGUUGUGGUGGAAGCUUUGUUGGAUGGCACUUACUCCCGCCCUAAUUUUGUUCAUCCUGGUGUUUGCUUGUGCUGACUACAGCCCCACUACUUUUGGGACCUACACAUACCCAGCUGGAGGGGAAGCUCUUGGUUGGCUCAUGGUGCUAGCCUCACUGAUCUGGAUCCCUUUUUGUGCAGUUUACAAGCUCGUUCAAGAAGAUGAGGGGAAGACAUUUAUAGAGAAAUUGAAGUUCCAGAUCAUCCCUAAUAAGUACUGGGGACCGGCCUUAGUGAAACACAGACGGAAGGUUGACUAUGUGAAAGAUUUUGUCCUUGACCCUAAUGGAGACAAAAGACGUCUGGCUUAUGUGAAUAAGGCAUACAGCAGCAGUUCAUACUCCAAU